CUUGAGCUCCGUCAACCUCAAGCCAGAGCCCGUCCAUCACGAUUCAAGAACUCACCCCGCCUCCCACAUCAACGCCCUCCAUCUCGGAAGCCCCGUCGAAGAUAACAGAGGCAGCGCAAAUACCUGCAGAACCGACCGUAAACAAGAGCCGACAAUGGAUACCCUCGUGGCGCGGUACAGCCGCCCGUCAUACCAACAGAAUGAGGCCUUCUCGGAGCAAGAGCAGCAGGACCUCGCCGACGCCGUGCCCAGUUUCUCUCUCAAAUUUGCCAUGCCACCGGUAGCACAUCCGUCGGCGUGGCUCCGCGCAGCAACAGACGACCGCUCCAACCCGUCGUGCCCGAUCAAGAUCGCGCACGGCACAACCACGCUCGCGUUCCGCUUCCAGGGCGGCAUCAUCGUCGCCACCGACUCGCGCGCCACGGCCGGCAACUGGAUCGCCAGCCAGACGGUGAAGAAGGUGAUCGAGAUCAACUCGGACCUGCUCGGCACCAUGGCGGGCGGUGCGGCCGACUGCCAGUACUGGCUGGCCUGGCUCGGCAUGCAGUGCCGGCUGCACGAGCUGCGCCACAAGCGACGCAUCAGCGUGGCCGCGGCGUCCAAGAUCCUGGCGAACCUGGUGUAUCAGUACAAGGGCAUGGGCCUGUCCAUGGGGACCAUGUGCGCGGGCGUCACCGAGGAGGAAGGGCCGGCGCUCUACUACAUCGACUCGGACGGCACGCGGCUGGAGGGGAAGCUGUUCUGCGUCGGCUCGGGCCAGACGUUUGCGUACGGCGUGCUCGACGCCGAGUACCGGGAGGACCUGACGGUGGAGGAGGCGCUGGAGCUGGGCAGCCGGGCCAUCCUGGCGGCCACGCACCGCGACGCCUACUCGGGCGGCUUCAUCAACCUGUACCACGUCAAGCAGACCGGCUGGGUCAAGCACGGGUUCACGGACACCAAUCCGGUGUUCUGGAAGACCAAGCUGGAAAAGGGCGAGUUUAGCAACGUCACGAGCAAUUUCGAGUAGCUUGGGUUUUUGCGGGUGGGUGGGUGGUGGUAGUGCAUGAAACUUAUGGGAUCUCACGAACUGGAAGAAGACACGGCGGCGUCUCAGUUAAUGGGAUCAUCCAGGACGGGACGGCGAUGUCCCACCGGCUUUGUACAUGUACACCAGAGCUUUUUGGCCGUCCUUGGCAGAAGUGCUACUCCAUAAUGCAUGCGGUCU